AUGCCGUCCUCCACAGCGUCUACAACCACCUCGCCCUCCUCCCCACCCUCUUCCUCGCCAUCCACAUCCCAGCCCUCGACCCGCAGGAAACGCGUCUCCGCAGAACACACCCUAACCCGCGUCCGCGAGAACCAGCGCCGCCACCGCGCGCGCCAGAAAGCCACGCUCUCGUCGCUCGAAGCAGCGCUCGCGGCCGCCCGCGCUGAGACAGAGACCGCGCGUGCCGAGACUGAGGUUGCGCGUGCUGAGACAGUGGCUGCGCGUGUCCACACCCAGGCUCUGGAGGACCGGCUCGUGGCUGUUGAGGCGGCGCUCGUGGAUGCAAGGGCCAGGAUCGAGGAGGGGCGGGUGCUGGUUGAGGCGCUAAGGGCUGAGAGGGAUGUCGCGGAGGCUUUUGCUUGUUGGGAUUUGAGUCGGCAUUUUGGGGGGGAGGGGGUGGGGAUGGGGUUUGUAGGGGGCGAGGUGCUAGAAGCAAGCGAAGUGCUGGCGGCAGAUGUGGGUGUUGUAGCUGCGGACGUGCCGCUGGUCGAGGGCCCGCCGCCGUGCUGCGCCGACACGGCGUCCACGUCCAUGUCCACGUCCACUGCGAUGGCGCUCUCCGCUGCCGCCGAUGGCAUCCCGGAUAUCUCACACGACGCGGCGCCGUCGCCCUCCUCCGCCGCUCCCUCCGCGGAAUGCACCACCUGCGCCACGCGCCCGCCGCCUAGUCCCUCGGAGAGCACGACGCUGUGCGCGCAGGCGUUUGUGCUGAUUGCGCAGCGCAAUGUGCGGAAUCUGGAUCCGGCGCUGAUACGGCUGUGGCUGAGCCGGGGAUACAGGCGCGCGGUGCGGGAGGGCGAGGGGUGUCGGGUGGAGGACAAGACGCUGGAGGGGUUGCUGGAGUAUAUUAGUGGGGUUUAG